AUCAAGCUUCAGUUCUUUCUUUGAUAUUCAAUUCGUUUCAGUUCUGUGAACUUUUCGUUCUCUCAACCUUCCCUUCGUUCUAUUCGCUAUACCGCCCGGUCGGUCUUUACUCGUUCUAUUCAAUAAACUUUCCAUACCUUUCAAAGAAACCUAAUCUGUUGCUUGACGCCAACUCUGUUCUUCUUCUCCGUCAUCAUGUAUACCAAGACCACACUUAUCUCGGCUCUGUUAGCCGUUGCCGAAGCCCGUUUCAGCCAGGAACAAAUCCCCGUCGGUGGUAUCCAGGCUUUGGGUAGCUUCGGCAACCCGGGUGAAGCUGCCACUCUUGCUGGUGCUGUUCCGGGCGUACUCCUCGCCGCUGCUGACCCAUGUGCCAAGCUCACUCUCGCCGACAAGAUCGUGUCGACUCUCGGCAACGACCCUCAGGUCAUCGCAGCAGCACAGAACCUCGUUGCUUCUGAGCAGAACUUCAACCCGUUCGUAGUGUCAGUACCCAGCAUCUGCGGUGAUGCCAGCCUACCGGCCACGGAAGAGCUCCGUGGUAUUGUUCCUCUAGUCGACCCUGCCGUAACAGGCUCGGACGUUGAGAACGCCAACUCGGAGACUUCGCUACAGUCUCCCUUUGACGCUACCGGUCUCAGUGUUGCCGAGGUUAUGACUGCCCAGGGCUUUUCCAACUUCACAGUGAAAGGAGCUGCUGCCAGUAGCAAUGCCAACAAUGGAAACAACAACAGCAACAAUGGUAAUAAUAACAACGCCAGUUCUAGCUCAGCUACUACCGCCGCCCCUUCGGCAACUGCUACUGCUACUGCUACUAAGUGCGUCAAAUCAAAGAGCAAGACGACUACUACUGCCGCUGCUGCCACCUCUACUGCUGCUUCCAACAACAACGGUAACAACAACAACGCCAACAACGGUGGUGCAUCCAGUCAAGCAGGUGCCGGUGCCGUUACUAACGCUGCUACUGGCAACUUCCCCGGUUUCCAAGCUUCAAGCCUUGGCCUCGACUUCGGUACUUGCACGCCUACCGUCAAGUUUGAGGAGUCCCUCAACGGCCGCAAGGCGGGCGAGUUCACUUUCCAGGCUCAGGACCCCGUUGUUAACAAGGGCCAGCAGGAAGCUCUCAACCCCAACAUCAUCUUCAACCGCAUCUGCGACCAGCUCGUCAACGUCUGCAACGCUGCUGCCGAUGCCGUUACCGCCUGCAGGAAAGCUCAGGCCGACCUGGGUUCUGGUGCUAAGGAUGCCUCUACGGCUAACGCCUGGAACGAGGCUCUUGGCUUUGCUGGUGUUGACAUCAACCCCGAUAACGCUCCUCAGCAGGGUCUUAUCGGCCACACAUAAGUGAUGUCGCUUGGGGUUAAAGUAGGGUGGUGAAUCCACGUCUGUUCGCUCGUGAUCUUGCACAGCGAAUACUUCUAGGGAGAUAACGUGUCAUGACGUGUUUAAGAGCUUUGUUGUAUCUACAUUAAAUACAAAUUUUGUAUA